AUGGAAUGCGAAUUUGCUGCCACAUUGAAGUUAUUUAUUAUUAUACUCUCUGAGAGACGAAAAACAGUAGCGGAAAAAGUACUGCAAAAGUUGAUUAACUGGGCUCACGGAAAUGGACAUUUAACAACUCCGCGGCACUGCGAAGUCAGGGAAGCGCUGCGGGACCCCUGCCGUGCCCUCUGGCCACCGGCGCCCCGGCACCGUCACUGGCCGAUACCCGGCUCGUCGCUCCCGGCCUGCGGCCCGCCCCCGUCCCUCCGCGGCAGCGGCUCCAUCGUGCCCGCCGCCCCGCAGCAACAGGCAGGACGAGGAGAAAGCGGCCCCCGGGAGCCCGCACCGGCCCCCGCCGCUCCCAGUGCCGCCGCUCCCACAGCGCAUGCACCGAGUGCCCCCCCGUUCUCGGCUGUGCCCGAAGAGACACCGGUCGACCAAGAGAGGGGAACCCGUGACCCCUGCUGUCGACCACCUUCCCCCGACAAUGUUCCGCUGCCAGACGAAUUAGAGGAGGACCCAGUGAUGGAGCAGAACCCACGGCAGAAUCCACAGCAGAACCCACGAUUGGUUUAA